CCUUCACUUCUUCACUCAAAACAAUCUUUCAUUCUUCCAAUUCUCAAAAAAGAAGAAGUCAUCUCUCUCUCAAGAUCUUGAAGCUUUCUCUAUGGCAACCAUGGCAUCAACCUUGGCCUCCUCUGUUGUUGUUUCCAAGACCAAUUUCUUGGACACCCACAAAUCAUCCUUCUCUGGUAUCCCUCUUUUUUCACAAGUUAGACUUAAACCUGUUAAAUCCGCCCAACAAAACAUGACCAUUUCCAUGUCUGCUGAUUCCUCUCCUCCUCCUUAUGAUCUUAACGCUUUCACUUUCAACCCAAUCAAGGAAUCCAUCGUUUCUCGCGAGAUGACACGUAGGUACAUGACCGACAUGAUCACCUAUGCUGACACUGAUGUCGUCAUCGUUGGCGCUGGCUCUGCUGGUCUCUCUUGUGCUUAUGAAAUCAGCAAGAACCCUAACGUUCAGGUGGCCAUACUUGAGCAAUCAGUGAGCCCUGGUGGAGGUGCCUGGCUAGGAGGACAACUCUUCUCGGCCAUGGUUGUGCGUAAGCCAGCACAUCUCUUCUUGAACGAGCUAGGCAUAGACUAUGACGAGCAAGACAACUACGUGGUCAUCAAACAUGCUGCCUUGUUCACCUCAACCAUCAUGAGCAAGCUUUUGGCCAGGCCAAACGUGAAACUCUUCAAUGCUGUUGCAACAGAGGACCUUAUUGUGAAGAACGGAAGAGUUGGUGGUGUUGUCACUAACUGGUCUUUGGUUUCUCAGAACCACGACACACAAUCUUGCAUGGACCCCAACGUUAUGGAGGCUAAGAUUGUGGUCAGCUCCUGUGGCCACGACGGUCCCAUGGGUGCCACUGGUGUUAAGAGGCUUAAGAGCAUUGGCAUGAUCAACCAUGUUCCUGGGAUGAAAGCUUUGGACAUGAACGCUGCUGAGGAUGCAAUUGUUAGACUUACCAGAGAGGUUGUACCUGGAAUGAUUGUUACUGGGAUGGAAGUUGCUGAAAUUGACGGAGCACCAAGAAUGGGACCAACUUUUGGAGCUAUGAUGAUAUCAGGGCAGAAGGCAGCACACCUUGCGCUAAGGGCAUUGGGAUUGCCUAAUGCACUCGACGGGACAGCAGAGUCAAGCAUUCAUCCGGAGCUUAUCUUGGCUGCAGCUGAUGAUGCUCAGACAGCAGAUGCUUAAAAUCUUGAAUGUAUAAUAUUUCUCUAAAAAAGAUUAGUUUUUCCUAGGUGAGCGUGGUUUGUGGUUGAGAGAAAUUGGCAAGGGGGAUGAAUAAAAGUCUGCAGGAUGAAUGUCACUGUGUACCUUUGGCUGUUUCAUGUCUAUUCUUCUUUUCUUUUGAUUCACUUCGAGGUCAAAACUUUGAUGUGAAAAAGUUGUAGAUUGUAGAUUUUCGUUAAAUAAUGCUAUGGGCCUUUUGGCGUGGUUUUGGUA